CUACGAGGGAUUUAAAGACUGGAACGCCGAGCUUCGGCGUCAUUAAAAAAAAUCAAAGCGAGCGUCGCAAGUGCGGAUUAAUUUAUUAAGUCUGUUAUUCGUGACGUGGCCUUUCAGCCGGAGCAACUGAUAGCUCGUCCUCCGUAAAUCAAGUUAUCUUUGGUCAUGAAGUACUUUUUGCUGUUGGGGCUGCUGCUUUUAGCAGGCGUGGGUCAAAUUGCAGCUAGUGAAGAUGAAUCCACCACAGAGACUAUCGACUUGGAUCUGGGUUCCUUUAAGGAGGGUUCCCGAACCGACGCUGAAACACUGAAGCGCGAAGAGGAGGCCAUCCAACUGGACGGCUUAAACGUGGCGCAACUAAAGGAAAUUCGUGAAAAGGCAGAGAAGUUCACUUUCCAAACGGAGGUCAACCGCAUGAUGAAGCUAAUCAUCAACUCGCUUUAUCGCAACAAAGAGAUUUUCCUACGCGAACUGAUUUCCAACGCCUCUGAUGCUAUUGACAAGAUCCGUCUGUUGGCCCUUUCGAACAGUAAAGAGCUGGAGAGCAAUCCUGAGCUUCACAUCCGCAUCAAAGCCGACAAGGAGAAUAAGGCGCUGCACAUCAUGGACUCCGGUAUCGGUAUGACCCACCAAGAUCUGAUCAACAACCUGGGCACAAUAGCCAAGUCGGGCACUGCCGAUUUCCUGGCCAAGAUGCAGGAUCCUAGCAAGUCGGAGGGGCUGGACAUGAACGAUAUGAUCGGACAGUUUGGUGUGGGCUUCUACUCUGCCUUCCUUGUCGCUGAUCGUGUGGUAGUGACCACCAAGCACAACGACGACAAGCAGUACAUUUGGGAGUCGGAUGCCAACAGCUUUAGUAUCACCGAGGACCCACGUGGCGAUACCCUGAAGCGUGGAUCUGUCAUUUCGCUCUACCUAAAGGAGGAGGCCCAGGACUUCCUGGAGGAGGACACUGUCCGCGAGCUUAUCCGCAAGUAUUCGCAGUUCAUCAACUUCCCCAUUCGUAUGUGGUCUAGCAAGACUGUCGAAGAGGAGGUGCCCGUCGAGGAGGAGGCCAAACCUGAGAAGAGCGAGGAUGACGUGGAGGAUGAGGACGCCAAGGUCGAGGAGGCCGACGACGAGAAGCCCAAGACCAAGAAGGUGUCGAAAACCACCUGGGAUUGGACCUUGAUCAACGACAGCAAACCCAUCUGGACCCGCAAGCCCGCAGAAGUGACCGAGGACGAGUAUACCAGCUUCUACAAGAGCCUGACUAAGGAUUCCAGUGAGCCUCUGACUCAGACGCACUUCAUCGCCGAGGGCGAGGUAACCUUCAAGAGUUUGCUCUACGUGCCCAAGGUGCAGCCCUCAGAGUCCUUUAACCGCUACGGAACCAAGUCGGACAACAUCAAGCUGUACGUGCGUCGCGUCUUCAUCACCGAUGAGUUUAACGACAUGAUGCCCAACUAUCUGAGCUUUAUCCGCGGCGUGGUUGACUCCGAUGAUCUGCCGCUGAACGUUUCGCGCGAGACCCUGCAGCAGCACAAGCUUAUCAAAGUGAUUAAGAAGAAGCUGGUUCGAAAGGUUCUCGACAUGCUUAAGAAAAUCGACAAGGAGGCCUACGAAAAGUUCUGGAAGGAGUUCUCCACCAACAUCAAAUUGGGCGUGAUGGAGGACCCCAGCAACCGAUCGCGUCUUGCCAAGUUGCUCCGUUUCCAGACCUCCAACGGCAAGGGUGUAACCUCGCUGGCUGAGUACAAGGAGCGCAUGAAAGCAAAGCAGGAACACAUCUACUACAUCGCCGGUGCCAACCGCGCUGAGGUCGAGAAAUCGCCCUUCGUGGAGCGCCUGUUGUCUAAGGGCUACGAGGUUCUCUAUCUGGUGGAGGCCGUCGACGAGUACUGCAUCUCCGCCCUGCCCGAAUUCGAUGGCAAGAAGUUCCAGAACGUGGCCAAGGAGGGAUUCCAACUGAACGAGUCCGAAAAGAGCAAGAAGAACUUUGAGUCGCUGAAGAGCACCUUCGAGCCGUUGGUUAAGUGGCUGAACGAUGUGGCUCUCAAGGAUCAGAUCUCAAAGGCCCAGGUGUCCGAGCGUCUGAGCAACUCCCCGUGCGCCCUCGUAGCCGGCGUCUUUGGCUGGACCGGCAACAUGGAACGCCUGGCAAUGUCCAAUGCCCACCAGAAAUCUGAUGAUCCCCAGCGCACAUAUUACCUGAAUCAGAAAAAGACGCUCGAGAUCAACCCCCGGCAUCCUCUGAUGCGCGAGCUGCUGCGCCGCGUGGAGGCCGACGAAGCCGAUGACACUGCUAAGGACAUGGCUGUAAUGAUGUUCCGCACCGCCACCCUGCGGUCGGGCUACAUGCUCCAGGAGACGUCCCAAUUCGCCGACAGUAUUGAACAAAUGAUGCGCCAGACUUUGGGAGUCUCCCAGGACGAGCAGGUCGAGUUGGACGACAACGAGGAAGACGACGCCGAGGAAAGCGCUUCCGAAAGCCAGGAGAAUGCAAACGCCGACGAAGAGGAUGAGGAUCAGCAGCACGACGAGCUGUAAAAGAAUCACACAUCGUUCACAUAGAUUGUACAUAAGAGUGUGGAGGACAGACUGAGUUUCAAACAACCACCUGCCGGGCGUUAAAUCAACAUUAUUUCCCAGCACGUUUCUAGAUUCUAAGUAAAGCAAUUUCGUAAUCCUUAGCCCACGUUGUCGUCACCGCCGGUCGCCCAGAGAGCACUCCAUUACACCGCAACACACUCAACAUUCGGUCGCUCAAGCGUUUUCUUUUUCGAAAGCAAUUGAACUAUGUAUUUAUAAAAUGUAAUGCCUAGAACAGAAUAGAUUCCAAUGAAAAUAAAAAACAAAUGAAUUAAACUAA